AUGGUUAAAGAUACUCAAUAUUAUGAUAUUUUAGGUGUUAAGCCUGAGGCUACACCAGCAGAAAUUAAAAAAGCUUACCGUAGAAGAGCUAUGGAGACACAUCCGGAUAAACAUCCUGAUGAUCCAGAGGCUCAAUCUAAAUUUCAAGCGGUAGGUGAAGCUUAUCAGGUUCUAAGUGAUCCUGGUUUACGUUCCAGAUAUGACGAAUUUGGUAAAGACGAUGCUGUACCACAACAUGGUUUCGAAGAUGCCACUGAAUUUUUCACUACAAUUUUUGGUGGUGAUGGUUUCAAAGACUGGAUUGGUGAAUUUUCAUUAUUCAAAGAAUUGAAUGAAGCCGUAGAAGGUUUUGAUGAAAAUGGACAACCUACCACUGGUGGACCAGGGGCAACCGAUGAUUCAAAUAUGGUUAAACAUGAUGGCAAGGCUAGUGCUGCUGACAGAAAGGGCAAAUUGACCAAAGAACAGCGUGACAAAUUGAUGGAAAUGGAACAAAAAAGACGGGAAGAUAUUGCUCGUCAAGUUAAUGAAUUAUCUCUAAAAUUGGAUGCAAAAUUGAAGAAUUAUUUAUUAGCCUCAAGAGAAAAACAUCUAGAUGAAUUUCAACUAAAAUUAGAUCAAGAAAUCGAAGAAUUGAAGUUAGAAAGUUUUGGUAUGGAGUUAUUGCAUGUCCUUGCCAAAGUUUAUAAAAAUAAGGCUAAUAAUUUUAUUAUGUCCAAGAAGACACAUGGGUUUUCAAAACUAUUUACUGGACCUCGUGACAACGCAAGAUCUGUCAAACAAACUUACAAUUUGUUAUCAACUGGUCUAGAGGCUCAAAAGACCAUGGAACAAAUGAGUGAAGUAAAUCCUGAAGAAUUAGAUCAAUACGAACGUGCUAAAUUUGAAUCAAUGAUGGCAGGUAAAGCUUUAGGUGUCAUGUGGGCAAUGUCAAAAUUCGAAUUAGAGAGGAAAUUAAAAGAAGUCUGUAGCAGAAUCUUAACAGACAGAAAUGUACCAUCAAAGGAACGUUUAGCUAAAGCCAAGGCAAUGUUAUACUUUGCUGACAAGUUUGAAAGAGCCAAGAGAUCUCCAGAAGAAGCAGAAGAAGCAAGGGUAUUUGAAGAAAUGAUCUUAGGUGAAAAGGCUAAGCAUAGGAGAUAA